AUGCUAUCCAACUCGUUCGUGAAGCGUUUUCGAAAACUGGAUGCGUACGCUAAAACAUUAGACGACUUUCGAGUGCGUACCGCGACUGGUGGAACAGUGACUCUGGUGAGUGCUGUUACCAUCUUGUUGCUUGUCUUGUUUGAAGUGAUUCGCUACAUGACUCCAGUCAUGCAAUCAGAGAUCAUUGUGGAUGGUGGCAUCAUGGAGAAGCUGCCCAUUACCUUUGAUAUCACAUUUCCUCAUCUUCCUUGCUAUAUGCUCAGCUUGGAUGUCAUGGAUGAAAGUGGAGAGCAUAUCAGUGAAUAUGAUCAUGAUGUAUACAAGGAGAGAUUGGAUGCAAGUGGAAAGACCAUAUUGAAAGAGAAAUCAGAAGAUUUGCGUAACAAGGCAGCGAAAAUGGCCAUGGCAAAUAAUGGUGUGGUACCUGACGACUACUGUGGUCCUUGCUAUGGUGCCAAUGUGGGCGGUGUAGCCAAUCCUUGCUGUAACACUUGUGAGGAGGUGCAACGUGCCUAUACAGACAUGGGAUGGAGCGCAGAUUCAGACAGUUUUGAACAAUGUGUUAGAGAGGGAUGGAAGGAAAAGACUACGGCACAAUCGCGAGAGGGAUGUCGCAUGCACGGCACACUGUCUGUCAACAAAUUGCGAGGCAACUUUCAUUUCUCUGCUGGAAGAGCCUUCAGCCAAGGAGGGUCUCAUAUUCACGACAUGUCGUCCUUCUUGCACAAUGAGUUUAGCCAGAACUUUAUGCACGAAAUCCACCAUUUGCAGUUUGGAUCUCAUGAAUACAACACACACAAACAGAAACGAACCAAAUCCAGUGUUCUCAUCAAUCCAUUGGAUGCUACAAAGUGGGGCAAUAUGCAAGCUGCCAUGAUGUAUCAAUACUUUCUCAAGAUUGUGCCUACUGAAUUCGACUUUAUCAAUGGCAAGCAAACCAGAACGUUUCAGUACUCUGUCAGCAAGCAGGACCAACUUGUGAACCAGGGCGGUGGACUGCCAGGCGUCUUCUUCAUGCUGGAUCACUCUCCCAUGCGUAUCAUCUAUUCAGAAUCGAGACCCACAUUUGGCAGCUUCUUGACCAGUCUAUGUGGUAUUAUUGGUGGUGUAUUUAGCGUGGCUAGCAUCAUUGAUAGCGCCUUGUAUAGGGCUGAAAAGAUAUCCAAGCAGAGAAAGGCAAUGUAA